UAGAACGCAGUGCAUUGUGGGACGUAGUAUGAUGGUGAAGUCAAGAUGGCUGCGAAGCUCAGGCAGAGGAGAGAGCCUGUAGUAGGAAGGCCGUGAAUGAAGUUUUCUAUAGAAAAUCCUUCGUCGGUGCCCGAUCGGACUUAAAGCAGCGCGCUGUUUACGUUGGAGAGAAGCCGCGCAGGACCUACAACACCCACAAACAGCAACAGGAUAACAAACUGCUGGCAUAAAGUCUCGUAUGAAUUCCGACGAGAAGGAGGACUGUGAGUGUGCGCCACCACAGGCCGAGACGAGCUCCGCCGGAGGAGCCGAUAGAGAACACGAGGAGCCUGAAAUAGAAAACCCAGAAGCAAGCCGAAUGAAGCGAGCAGCUGCCAAGCAUCUAAUAGAGCGCUAUUACCACCAGUUAACGGAGGGCUGUGGGAAUGAGUCUUGCUCCAACUCGUGGUGUGCCUCAUCAGUUGGCUUCAGCCGCAUGGAUAACAACGAGGCAGCGGUCAAAGCCCUGGAGCUCUACAAAGUCAAUGCCAAGCUAUGCGACCCACACCCUUCAAAGAAAGGCACCGCUUCCACCUACCAGGAGAGCAGCGCUCACAGCAACUCUGCGUGCAGCAACAAGAAGAUGAACCAUAAGGACAUCCACUCUGUGCGAGACAAUUUUAAAGAUGUAAAUUACCUGACAGAGGAGAAGGUGUAUGAGAUCCUGGACACCUGUGGUGAAAAGGAGGAUUACUCCCCUCUCAUCCGAGUGAUAGGCCGAGUUUUCUCCAGUGCUGAGGGACUGGUGCAGAGCUUUCGGAGGUCCAAACCGCACACCAAGGAGGAGCUCAAGUCUCUCCAAGGUAAGGACGAGGACAAGGAUGAAGAUGAAAAGGAGGCAGCUGCGAGUUCAACUACAGCUAUGGAGGAGGAUUCCCCCACCUCCUCAUCAUCAUCGAGGCUCGGCGAGUGCUCGUCGGGAGAAAACGACGUCCAAAAGCUGGCUCCCGAUGAGGUUUCGGUCGAUAUCGAAGCUGUGCGAAGGGUCUACGAGCGCCUCCUGUCCAAUGAUAAAAUCGAAGCCGCCUUCUUGAAUGCGCUGGUCUACCUCUCGCCUAAUGUGGAGUGUGACCUGACGUACCAUAACGUGUAUUCACGAGACCCAAACUACCUGAACCUUUUUGUAAUAGUGAUGGAAAACAGCAACCUCCACAGCCCCGAGUACCUUGAGAUCGCUCUCCCACAGUUCUGUAAGGCCAUGAGCAAACUCCCGCUGGCAGCUCAGGCCAAGCUGGCGCGUUUGUGGUCGCAUUACAGCGCUGAGCAGAUCCGGCGCAUGGUGGAGACCUUCCAGCAGCUCAUUACCUACAAGGUGAUCAGUAACGAGUUCAACAGCCGCAACCUGGUCAACGACGACGACGCUGUGGUGGCGGCCACUAAGUGCUUGAAGAUCGUCUAUUAUGCAAAUGUGCUGGGUGGCGACCUUGACAUGGAGCACAACGAGGAAGAAGACGAGGAGCCCAUUCCAGAGUCCAGUGACCUCACCCUGCAGGAGCUCCUGGGUGAAGAGCGCAGGAACAAAAAGGGCCCUCGAGUAGACCCGCUGGAGACAGAGUUGGGAAUCCGUACAAGCGAUUGCCGGCGGCCGCUCAUUCCCUUUGAGGAGUUUGUCAACGAGCCUCUGAACGAGGUGUUAGAGAUGGACAAGGACUAUACUUUCUUUAAAGUUGAAACUGAAAACAAAUUCUCCUUCAUGACCUGUCCGUUCAUCCUGAACGCCGUCACCAAGAACCUGGGUCUGUACUACGACAACCGCAUCCGCAUGUACAGCGAGCGGCGGAUCACGGUGCUCUACAGCUUGGUGCAGGGUCAGCAGCUCAACCCUUACCUGAGGCUCAAAGUGCGCAGAGACCACAUCAUUGACGAUGCUCUGGUCAGGCUGGAAAUGAUAGCAAUGGAAAAUCCUGCAGACUUGAAGAAGCAGCUGUAUGUGGAGUUUGAAGGAGAGCAAGGUGUCGAUGAAGGAGGUGUUUCCAAAGAAUUCUUUCAGCUGGUGGUGGAGGAGAUCUUCAACCCAGAUAUUGGCAUGUUCACGUAUGAUGAGCACACCAAACUGUUCUGGUUCAACCCGUCGUCGUUUGAAAAUGAGGGCCAGUACACACUGAUUGGCAUCGUUCUCGGUUUGGCCAUCUAUAACAACUGUAUCCUGGAUGUCCACUUUCCCAUGGUGGUCUACAGGAAGUUAAUGGGCAAGAAAGGAACUUUCAGGGACUUGGCUGAUGCCAACCCGGUUUUAUACCAGAGUCUGAAGGAGCUCCUGGAGUAUGAGGGCAGCGUGGAGGAGGACAUGAUGAUCACGUUCCAGAUUUCUCAUACGGACCUGUUUGGGAAUGCACUCAUGUACGAUUUAAGGGAAAAUGGGGACAAGAUUCCCGUCACCAAUGAAAACAGAAAGGAGUUUGUUGCACAGUAUUCAGAGUACAUUCUGAACAAAAGCGUGGAGAAGCAGUUCAAGGCGUUCAGGAGAGGCUUCCACAUGGUCACCAACGAGUCUCCGCUCAAGUACCUGUUCAGACCAGAGGAGAUCGAGCUCCUGAUUUGUGGAAGCAGGAACCUGGACUUCCUAGCACUUGAAGAAACAACAGAAUACGACGGAGGUUAUAACAGAGAUUCUCGGAUAAUCAAGGAGUUUUGGGAGACGUUGCACUCAUUUGGCGAGGAGCAGAAACGCCUCUUCCUACAGUUCACCACCGGCACCGACAGAGCGCCUGUGGGUGGGCUGGGCAAGCUGAAGAUGAUCAUCGCCAAGAACGGCCCCGACACAGACAGGUUACCGACUUCUCACACUUGCUUUAACGUGCUGCUGCUGCCCGAGUACAACAGCAAGGAGAAGCUGAGGGAGAGACUGCUGAAAGCCAUCACCUAUGCCAAAGGGUUUGGCAUGCUCUGAACCCCUGCUCCCAACAGACUCCUUCUCAGAAAGCCCAUAAACCCUGCCCUGCCCUUCCUGUAUCAGACACAAUCUCAAAGAUGACCAGACAGGCCAGAGUAUGUUCGAGGAAAAGCAAGUGAAUAAUGAAAGUGGAUACGUGGUUCUAAUAAAUCUCUCUAAUAGAUCCGCUGCUGUGCCUGCAUCAUCACACAUCAGUCAGUGUAAACGUAGAGACCUCCUCGAGUACCCGCUCCCACAUCCACACAUGUGAAUGUGCUUUCUGUGUACAGAAAGGAUCAUUUUCCUCGUUAUUUAUUUGAAGGGUCACGUUUUUCAUGCCUGCCUGUUGUGAUAAAUGUAAAAGAAAUAAUGCAAAUACGGGACGAUGCGUUUCCAACUCGAUAAACUCGGCGACAAAGUACCCCUGAACUCUUGCCCACAGCUCCCACAGAGAUUUAGUUUAGUGUUCGCUACUGCAUCGUAUUCCCCACUGACCAUUCCACUCUAGCGUAGUCAUUGCUUGUUGUUUCCACCCAGUCUGUUUUGAGGUGAGCGCGUGGAAAGAGAUUGGGUCCAGGACGGCACAUCACAUAGCUUGUUCUCCUUCUCAGUUUCGGGCCUUCUUCCUUUGGGGGACAUGCAGAGAUGUGUAAGUGCACUUAGACAUUUUCAGAAUGUUUGUUCUUUGGUCACAGGUUGCCAUUAUUGUUCGUUUUAUUUCCUUGUCUGCCUGUGUUGAGGAUUCUAAAUAAAAUCAGUGUUUAUAUAUCAGUGCAUACCGUACCCACGCUGUGGAGGAUGUACACAUGUAGACUGAGUCUCAGAUGCUCUCCUUGUGCCAACCUGUACAGCGGACAGGUAGAAGCCCAGCACGUACUCGGUGUCGUCUGCUUUGGGUUCAGUCUCGUAGAAACGGCUCACGCUGCAUAGCCCCCCCCUCCCGUCUGCAGACCUGAUAAAGCUUUGUCUGUUGCUGUGGUUAUACCUGGAACCUAACGAGACCAUCCUAGUUCACGGUGGCGUGAGUAGUUUCCUUUGCCGUGGGAGUGUAAAGCUGGACUUUGAUCUGGUCAUCUCCCGCUGAUGAAACAUCUCCCUAAUAUGUCUUCUCGUUUGCAUCCAGGAGCCGUGAGGCGAGCUCUCCUCUCAGUUUGUCUCUUUGAGGGUGAAAGAGGCCGUGCUCGCCGUGCUCGCCGUGCUCGCCGUGCGCCUGCUGCCGCUUUGUUUUGUAAGCUUGGCCUGACUUGCUGUGGACCUUCAUACCUCUCUGUUUACAGCACAGAUAACACAGGUGUGUCUGCUGUGACUGUGUGGACACGUCGCUGUGACCUGAUCAGUGAAACAGGUGUAACCACUGUUGAAAAAGUGCUUUGUCUCUAAUAAGGACUGUGAAAUCAUUUCCCCUCACAACAGGCAACGCGUCCUGUUGUGAAUGCUUUUCCUCCUCAAUAGGCUGCGUAAUGUUCUCGGACACAGAAUCGUCUCGCUGCUUCAAAGUUCGGUUGUCUUUUUAAACAUCCCGCUGCUGUUGUGUAGUCUGCAAUAUCCAUCCUCUGACACAGUCGGCAGACGUCCUCGGGUCAGGCAGCACGGCCGUCACACAGAGGCAGGCUUACAGCAACGCUUUGCCCAAAUCGCUGACAUCACUCACUUGGAGGUGAAAACGCCACUUUGGCAACAGCUCAUGUCACCAUGGUAAUAAGGGUACCAUGUAAAAUAGCUGCUCCAUCAGCAGACAGUUGUUUUAAAUGCUUGAUGGUCAUCGAGUUGCAUUUGUAAAAUGUUGGAAGACACUGAGAUACGCUCCCCUGCAUCUACAUCCAUGUCUGUAGGAACAUGGAGAGAGGGCGAAGGAGUUGCUAAACCUGCAAACUACCUGGAUGUCUUACUUACAACUGAGUGGUUGUGAUCGUUUGGACAAACUGGGCAUAAACAUGCACGUGAAGCUUGCUGUCAUUGAAAGCUUUCCUUUGUGUGACCUCACAGCUCCUACACGCAGCAGGCUCAGGUGUCCACGUGCGUACUUCCUUAUGAGGUACUGGGUGGUAUCGUUCUGUGUACAGAGACCGUUUGUGGCGUGUAACGUGACCUCACUCCUCCAGCCGCUGUGGUUAAAGGUCUGAGAACAGAUGAUGGCAUGGAAGAGGUCAAAGACCAUGGACCCGAGUGUGUGGACUGCAUCACGGCUAUUGCCAGAAACCAUCUUUGAACAGAGAGCGCUUAACGUCAUAUAACCCUGAAUGUGUCAUGUGACUGUACCUGCAGUCUGGUAAAGCCGUUCAGAGCAAACGUGUACGCUUGUGGCGGUUGGCUGGAGGUGGGGGUCAGUGGUUUGUCCCUCAGACGCUGAAGUCGUUGCUGCGUGGCUGACGUACCUUAUAGAGGAGCGCGUGGAGCGCCACGAUGCCCACAACAUACCACUGAGAGCACAGUGCUCAGCACUGCCAUCCACCAACCUCAGCCAGUCUUUAUCUCCUCUUCCUUUCCUCCUCCCUCAUCAGCUACUCCUAACACUAGUUUAGCCUUCGUCUGAGUCGCAGUACUAGGAGUGCCUAAAAAUGUGGACAGCACUGCACUGUGCUGGGAAGUCACUACAGAGCACAGUGUGCGUGCAUUGUUCUACGUACUGCAGUAAUGCUCACUCAUGUGGAAGGCUAAGCAGUACAGCCAGGUGUAGUUUCAGCUGUGUAACCUUACCCGUACCUCCAUGUUUGAAUGCUGAAGAUGCUGCUUGCUGCACACGUGAGCCGACUCAAGGUUAAGGGGUGGACCUGUCUGGGAACGGGAGGCAGAUUUCCUCAAUUGGUUCAAUCAACAGUUAAAUUCUCCCACAUAGAAACAGGUGAAAGGCUCAAAGUAUUCAUUGUUGUGAAACAUGCUAAAUAAAGACGACUGCUUUUUUCCAACAAGCCUGA